CAACAGCGACCAAAAUGUUGCCCAGGAAAAUAAAGUCAGGAUUUCAAAAAAGGAAAGAGAGAAAAGAGAGAGAGGAGAGAGAGAAGAAGGGGUGUCAACCCCUUACUGACUUUUUCACCAGGAAAGACUUAGCAACAGAUGAGUCAGCAGCAUCCCAGUCUCCCCAUACCUGCACCCCUCCCUGUCCCAGUGAAGAAGUGACGGCUCUGCUGGCACAUGGAGAGGCCGAGGUUAUACAGCGGAGGGUCGGGCAGAACGUCACGCUGCAGACCGGAGUCACUGGACUGCAGGCUGACGACGACAUCACCUGCUCAGUUCUUUCAGAUGACAGUAAUAAGCCAGACACACUGGGCACAUAUUUGAACAGGAAGCUGAAACUCGACUACAUCGACAGAUUCAAGGGAAGACUCCAUUUGCAAGAAGACAGCGGGUCUCUCACCAUCACGAACCUCAACAUGAACGACACCGCAUUUUACCAAGUACAGAUCAUCAAUGGGAAAUCAUCAACACACACGUUCAGUCUAAUUGUUGAAGUUGAUCCAGCCCCAUCCAGCACCACACCUCCCCUCAAGGUCACAACACCUCCCCUCAAGAGCACCACACCUCCCCACAACACUGGUCUGACGGUCGGCUUAGCAGUUGGCAUUCCUGUUGCUCUACUUGUUGCUGCUGUCAUAGUGGGCCUCUACUGUGCAGGAAAAUGCGGGGGAAUUGGACGAGGUUGUCGGGAUUGUGCCAGAGGACACACAGACCCACGCAACAGUGGUGUAGUUUGAUGGCAGGAUUUGACUUUCUGCUCUGUAGUCAUCUCCAGACAAAUGUUCAGGUUCAUUUUUUUUGUAUAGCCCUUCAUCACAAAGGAUUUUUUUCCAAGGCCUUUACAAAAAAAUGAGCCUAUGGCAGAUGAAAGAAAGACAGGAGGAAACAUGAGGUCUACACAGUGUGGCCUCCCUGGCACCACCAGCCUUAUGGCCUAGACCAGCGGUUCUCUACCCCUUUUCCACCAAAACGGUUCCAGGGCUGGUUCUGAGCCCAUGCCUGA